ACUCAUAUAUGUAUAUAUUUAUCCUUGGCGAUGCAAACGGAAUUAAUCAAUUUUCCACGAGCCGAGAAAAUCGGCGAAGGCACAUAUGGCAUUGUGUACAAGGCGUGCAACAAUCGAACCGGCCAGGUUGUUGCACUUAAGAAAAUCCGUCUCGAAGGAGAAUCAGAAGGCGUUCCCUCGACUGCUAUACGGGAAAUAUCUUUAUUAAAAAACCUUAAACACAAAAAUGUUGUACAGCUUUUUGAUGUGGUUAUAUCAGGCAAUAAUCUCUACAUGAUAUUCGAGUACCUUAACAUGGAUCUUAAAAAACUCAUGGAUAAAAAGAAGGAUGUUUUUACACCACAGCUCAUAAAAAGCUACAUGCAUCAAAUAUUCGAUGCGCUGGAUUUUUGCCACACAAAUCGCAUACUUCACCGCGACCUGAAACCGCAAAAUCUGCUCGUUGAUACAGAAGGCAAUAUUAAGCUGGCAGACUUCGGCUUGGCGCGAGCGUUCAAUGUACCCAUGCGAGCUUACACACAUGAGGUAGUUACACUUUGGUAUAGGGCGCCUGAAAUACUGUUGGGUACCAAGUUCUAUUCCACGGGCGUGGACAUUUGGAGUCUUGGGUGCAUAUUUGCUGAGAUGAUCAUGCGACAUUCGCUGUUUCCAGGUGACAGCGAAAUCGAUCAGUUGUAUCGCAUCUUUCGCACACUAAGUACACCGGACGAAAGUAAAUGGCCAGGUGUUACACAGCUGCCAGACUUUAAGCCUAAGUUUCCAAAAUGGGAAGAACCCAAUAUACCGGCAGCGUUACGUGAACACGAAGCUCAUGAUCUCAUUAUGUCAAUGCUGUGCUACGAUCCGAAUCAACGCAUAUCUGCAAAGGAUGCACUGCAACAUCCAUACUUCCAGAAUGUGCAGCAUGUUCAGAAUGUGGCGUUGCCUGUGGACCCCAAUGCUGGCAAUGCUUCGCGGAUUACGAAGCUCAUUUGACUCAUAGUUUACUGUCAACAUAAUAGCUAUCACGUUUUUUGUGAUUGUAAAGUAAGUUCACACAUCUACCUCAAUUUUGAUAAAUCUAGCACAAUUAUAGAACAUUUUACUCUAUGUA